AUGGCCGAAGGACACGUGCUGGGCAACUUCCAUGCGUACUACAGCUUCAACCCGGUACACGAGCGCUUGCGAUUCAUGGACGUCCAGACGGCCAAUGCCCUGAGACGCACGCUGCUCGUGAAGAAAUCAGCUGAUGCUAUGAGCGAAGCGACGUGUACAGUGCUGGACGUUGGCUGCAAUGAAGGGGACCUGACCAUCGGCCUCUACGACGCAUUGAACGGACGUGCAACGCUUGUCGAUGCCAACCAGAUCGACGAUGUGGCCAAUUUUGACCUCAACAACAUCAGUACGCUCAAUGAACUCAUACAAAAGGACAAAAAGCAGGUGGAAUACUUGAUUCAGGACCAGGGCGAAACCAGUCACCGCCGACGCUAUGUGUGCAAGCUGCAGAUUGACGGCAAGAGGAUGGGUUAUGGAGAAGGCGUGUCGAAAAAAGUAGCCAAGGCCAAAGCAGCCGAAGUUGCUCUGCGCACAUUGGAUGUUACGGACGGCAAGAAACUCGAAAAGGAUAUUUCUGCCGGUGAAAAGUCUGUCCCCGAACAAUUUCCACUAACGAAAGAGGAACUGGCGGUGAGAAAGCCGCUUAUGGCUCUCGGUGUGGAUAUUGACGAGGUGCUGAUUGAACGCGCUGCUAAAAAGUCGGUGCAGCUAACAGAGGGGGAUGCAGUGCAGUUCCGCCACGUUGAUGCUAUGACCAACAAGUUUAGCAAGGAAAUCGCACCUUUCUUGGAGCUGGCGCAGCGCGCGCCAGCGGAACGUAAGUUCGACCUUAUCACUUGCUUUAGCGUGACGAUGUGGAUUCAUUUGAAUAACGGAGACGACGGACUUUGGAAGUUCCUCGAGACGGUCAGUGACAUGACCGAGCAUCUUAUCAUCGAGCCGCAGACGUGGAAAUGCUAUCGCAACGCGCAGAAGCGAUUGACUCGCAUGCGCGUCGACGUGCCCCAGUCAUUCCGUGAGAUCAAGGUGCGCACGGACGUCGUGGAGAAGAUAGAUGCAUUUCUACUUGCUGCAGGCCGGUUCCGCUACAAGGCUCAGUUGGGCAAGACUAACUGGUCGCGAAAUGUCGUGCUCUACAGCCGCAAGACUGUGGCCGGGAUCAAAUACGCCUCAUGA